GUGGUUGUGUUGUUGCGGCUGCGAGAUGUUGUAGCCCUCUCUUGGGUAGAGCCGGCGAAAAAAUAAGAAAAAAAAGCCUGAGAGGCCGGGCCAGGCCAGCAGCCGAGUUGCUGGGAGAGCCGAGAGAGAGAAGGGGGAGUUAACUGAGUGUCAACCGAGCCGAGCGCGGUCAGUCUGCGCUGAGCAGCGCUCCUGUGCACACGCAUCUGUUUUCCGUUGAUCGACUCGCGAGAAUUCGAAUUUUUAAUUUAGACCGCGCAGAAAAUAGAAAACAACUGUAACCGUCCGUUCACUCGAAAUUCGACCAACACAAACAAAUGGACAUCGACUACCACUGCGAUUAGUUUUGUUGUUGUUGUUGUUUGUUCUUUUUGGAAUUGGCCCAUUUUUUGACAUUUGACAUUUCGUUUCGGCGCCAUCUGGAAGUUGCUCCUCGGUUUAUCGGUUUCGGUUCUUUUUUUUUUGUUUUGUUUGAAAUUUUGGUAACGAAAAUUCUGUCGUGAGCCAACAGCAACAUCACCACCACCACCUUCAACGAGCGUCACGAAAAUGUGUUCUUGAGAGAUUUCCAUCUUCGUUCGUUCGUCCGCCGUCAAAUAAAGAAAACGAAAAUUGUUGGCUGGAAAAGCCGAAUCGACACAGCAAGCGACGUUUUCAGUUCUUUGGUUGAGAAAUUGCAUAUUUUGGUUUGUCUUUUGCCGUUGUGUGUACGUGCUAUUCACUCACGCGCCUUGUGCACGCAUCAUCAUCGCCCGUAUCUUCUCCUGGACAUCCACGGCGACAUUCUCCGGAAAAAUCAACAACCGACCGACAAGUUUUCUGGUGUUUGGCAGCGGACGGCCGAACAAGGUUAAUAUUGCUGGUGCAGUCACUCGGUCGUCACAGUCGGGAGGAUGAAGACGGCGCCAAGAUGGAGAGCGACGGUGGUAUUGGCGGCGACGGCUGCGGCGGCGGUCUUCCUACUCGUCGUCGUCGAGGGGCGACCCAAUCAGGUGAUGACACCUGGCGAGCACAGUCUCAACUCACCUUUCGUCCGGCGGCGCUCGUCGGGAAUCACGCGGCGGAGCACGACGACGCCCGACAUUCUACGCCAGCAUCUCAAACAGGCUUUAUCUAAAUGCAAUUCGCGCGAGCCACCUCCAACGCAGAAGAUUUUACUGAAAGACAAAAGCGCCGUGUGCAACGAUGGAUCUCCAGCUGGGUAUUUCAUCCGGAAAUCUUACGGCAGCAAACGAUGGAUCGUUUUCCUCGAAGGCGGUUGGUAUUGUUACGACAAGCGGAGUUGCGAAUCGCGGUGGAGUCGUCUCAGAGGCUUCAUGACGUCCAACAUGUGGCCAGACACUCGCCAAGUGAGCGGCAUCCUGUCUCCAGAUCCCGAAGAGAAUCCCUAUUGGUGGAACGCAAACCACGUAUAUGUACCGUACUGUUCCAGCGAUUCUUGGAGCGGUUCCGCUCCAGCCGGAAGCGCAUCUCGCUUCGCUUUCAUGGGCUCCGUCAUCAUCCAAGAAGUCUUGCGAGAUUUGUUAUCCCAGGGACUUUUGAACGCCUCCAAAUUGAUGCUGACUGGCAGCAGUGCCGGAGGGACCGGCGUGAUGCUCAACCUGGACCGCGUCACCGACUUUCUACGAACGCAGGGCUCGUCGGCCGAGGUGCGCGGAGUCACCGACUCGGGUUGGUUCCUGGACAACGUGCCGUACGCGCCGGCCGACUGCCAGGAUCCCCAGCGCUGCGCGCCCACCUCGGCCGUCCAGAUGGGUCACACCCUGUGGAACGGCCAGGUGCCGCUGGCCUGCAAGGCCCAGUACACCUCGCAGCCUUGGCGCUGCUACUUUGGCCAUCACCUUCAUCGCACUCUCAAAACUCCGUUGUUCAUUUUCCAAUGGCUGUUUGAUGAGGCCCAAAUGCUGGCUGAUAAUGUCGGUCCGCCCAUGUCCAAGGAACAGUGGGACUACAUCCACGCCGUGGGCGACGACUUGCGUCGAACUUUCACCAACGUCUCGGCUGUGUUUUCCCCGUCUUGCAUCUCGCACACGGUGCUGACGAAACGCGAUUGGCAAUCGAUUCGCAUCGGAGACAUCUCCUUGCCGCAAGCCCUGCGCUGUUGGGAACUUCAACCUUACUGGUCCGUCUCCAAUCACCUGACGCCCAAUGGGCACCAGCACCACCACCGGCAUCACCACCGGCCCCAGCAGGGAACAACUGAAGACGGCGAAAACGAACAGCAAAAUCUUCCGGCCCAUUCCGUUCAGCACGCGCUCAGGCACGGCCACAAGCGCUACAAGGCCGCCAACGUCGAAUCCAACCCGAUCGUGUUGUUGGCCGACGAUCCCGAAAUGCCAGCCAACACCGUGACGGUCAAACCGGCCAAAAAUCUAGUCCGUUCCGGCCAGCGAGGUUCCGGCGGCGAACUGGCGGUCGGUACGGCUAACGCCACGCUCAUCCCGAGCGGAAGGCACAAAAACGGGACCCGCAAAAACAAGGAGGAGCGAAGAAAAGGAGCCGGAGGUCGCAAGCGCGGCAAUAAGAAAGUUGGGGAGAACAAACGAAACAACAACAACAACAACAACGGUGGAUCGGGCGGCAGCGCCGGCGGAGGAUCCAACAGCGGAACGGGGGCCGGUCCUGCCAAAUCCGGCCGCCGACACCAGCAGCAACAGCUGAAGGGCAACAACAAGGACAACACCAGCAACCACAGCAGUCACCGGCGGAAUAACCACAACAACAAAGACAAGAAGCGUAAGAAAGAUAAGAGUCAGCCAAAGGAUGAAACGACAACGCGUCCUAGGCGGGAAGCUGCCGUCAGCGCGGUGGAUCCAACUCCGGCUUCCGCUCCGGAAUUCUGCCAACACCGGCUGGUCGAUCGGUGUACGUGGCCUCAGUGCAAUCGAGUUUGCCCGAAGCUGCAUAAUCCAUUCACGGGUGAAGAAAUGGACUUUAUCCAGUUACUCAAGUCAUUCGGACUGGACAUGAGUAGCGUGGCGAACGCGUUGGGCAUCGACAUGCACACGCUCAACAACAUGGAUCAUGACGUGCUCCUUCAUUUGCUGACCCAGCAGACAAAUUAAAAGUUGGAAAUAUGGAAAGAUCUUUAUUGCCCACCAAACCUAAACAGCGCCAGCCUCCCCCUCCCCUCCCCCCCCCCCCCCCCGGAAAUGAUAUAUAUAUAUAUCUUUAUACAUACAGGCCUAUAUAUGCAUUUGUUUGUGUUGGUUAUUUUUUUUUAUGUUUUUUUUUUUUUUUAUUUUUUUUUUUGUGAAUGAUUAUUAUUAUUAUUACUAUUAUUAUUCCCUCUCCCGGCUUCAAAGUUCCAACGAAACCAAUUGUACAAACAAAUGAAGCCUGCCUGAUUCCUGCUUGCCUAUGAAAGCCAGCAAGCCGGUCCCAACAGUUGACGGCCACUUCAAUUCACAUCAAUUCAACAGAGUGCAUGCAACGCUGAAUUGAAUUUUUUAAUAAUGUUAUGUCAAGAGAAAAAUCAGAAGUGAAAAAAAAAAAAAAAAAAAAAAUGGAGAAGAGCAGUAAAGAAAAAAUACUUCCGAUGGCAAAAAAAAAUAUCAAACCCAACCGGAACAACACCAGCACACACACCCUCUGUAGAUCUCAGGAAUUUUUUAACAAAUUUUUUCAAUCAACCAGCAUCAGCCAACAACAACAACAACAAAAACAGGACACAAUGAAACAAAACGAACCAACUUUUCUCACUCGUCCCUCCCGCGUUAUUCCCUCUGCUUUUCCAUCAUCUACACAUUAUAUAACGUCCUAAAAUUCACCAGAAAUCAUCGACUCCCUCUUUUUUUUUCUCUUUUAAAUCGAGAGUGUAAAAAUUUUGUAUCAUAUAUAAUCCAGACAAGCCCAGUGUGUACGGUGUGUGUUGAUUUCUUGCGUGCUGUGUGUGUACUUGUGUACGAUUUGUUCGGUCCGCUAUGGCGCUGCUAUUGCUGCGCAAAAUGCAAUGAUAGUGCGAGUCUGUAAAACUCUUGAUGAUAGUGCGUGUGUCUGUGUAAUAUUUUAUAAUGCGUGUAUGUGUGUGUGUGUGUGUGCGUUGUCUAGACAGUAUAACAGUAUACGUCUUUUUAUAUUUGUUUUGUUGUUUUUUUUUAAAUCUAAUUUCUUGCCUGUGAAUUAUAUGACGUGUUUUUAUUUGUGAAAAAAAAGAAGUUAACGGACAAAUAAUACGCGAAUAACACGAGAUAAAAAAAACAAAGGUGGACAUUUAAUGAGAAGAACAUUUCACGUCACUCUCGUUGUCUGUGCAGCCCCAUUUACAAAACAUGUUGAUUGAGAUGCGUGUCAAUAGAAUCACUGCAUUACACACAAAAUGAAAACACA